CCAAAAAAAGCCAAUUGCGCGUUGAUGUCCGAUAUUUAUGGUCCUCAUCCAUGUCGUCAUGCUCAUUAUGUUCUUCCUAUGUCUAACUCUAAGAUGGAAAGUAGUUUGCUGACUGUAUUAGCAAGGGACUUUCUUAAAAUGGAAAUCUUGAGAUCUACAUGUGGGACAUAUGAAAUAUAGGACACAGCAGUGUUUUAUCAAGUUCAUUGCAUCACGCCACAAGCAUGAGAAGACAGAGCAUGUCAUUGCAUACCGGUACAUUCCUGUGAGACAUUCUUCAAUUCUCUUGGCUUAUAUAGCUGAAAUCACGUGAAGGAAUUCAAAGUGAUAAUACUACCUACAGUCUUUUCUCUAACAACACUGCGUAGUCUUUGCAAUCAAUCAGUAUGCCUGGCCAUUCGAAGGAACUUUUCCGGGAGCCAUCGAUUGCAGAAAGAUUUCUGUGUUGCAUUUGUUUGAUGGUGUUUCGGGACGCAGUGCAGAGUCCUUGCGGUCACCGAUACUGCGAAAGCUGCAUCAAGGAGAAGAUUAAAAACGAAUCGGAGCGGAGAUGUCCUUCCUGCCCAGACGAUUCCUCAGAAGGGAUUAUAGAUGAGUUAUACCCGGAUUAUGCUGCUCGGAAAGAUCUCAGAAAUGCUUCUGUUAAAUGCAUAAAUGAAGGCUGCAACUGGACGGGAAAGUUACAGGAAUACUGUCAGGAGCACGAAGCAUCAUGUCCGUUUGAAAGAAUCAAAUGCUUGAAGUCAGGAUGUGGAAAAACUUUAAAACGAGGCGACCUGUCUCACCACCUGGAGAGGGAAUGCCCCAUGCGAGUCAUUGAGUGCAGAUUUUGUAAAAAACAACUGCCUUACAAGGAAGCGAAGAAACAUACUACAGAAUGCCCUGAUAGCCCUGUAACAUGCAAUUGUGGGAAACGUGUGGCACGUUCUCAGAUGGAGAAACAUUUAAAUCCUGACACUGGAGACUGCAUUAAGAGGAAAGCAAAAUGUGUUUUUCAUCCACUCGGCUGCAACGCAAAGGUCGUCGCAAGCGGCUUGGAGGACCACAUGAACAAGAACGCGAUGGAGCACAACCGGAUGAUCGUUGAUGCUAUCGGCUCGAGUCCUCUGCCCAAGGACAAAAACGGCGGAGCGCAGCCAUUGCACAACGGCUUGGAAGAUGUCUUCAAAAUCAAAGGGUCUGCCUCAAGUUUGCCUGAGGCAACACUCAAAGAACUGGCAGAGCUGUUGAAAGAGCAACUCGUCUUCAAAGCUGACGAUCCAACAGAGACCAAACUGAAGAAAAGCGGCGCUCAUGGGUCCGUUGACGUCGCUGCCUUGCAGCAUGAGAUCACAAACCUGCGUAAAGAGACGAAGAAACAGAAGGCAGACUUGGAGAAUACCUUAGCAACCAAGCUGGAGAGAGAAUGGGCCGAGAAGAUUAAAAACACCAAUGCCAUGAUCGCGGUCCUGGAUCAGCGCACUGAGACCUACCAACAGGUCCUGGCCGUCCUCAGUAAUGAGUUGGAGGCAUUGCAUGCCAAGGCCAUGGCGCUUGAGAAGCAGAACACCUACCUGAAGGAGGUCACCGAGAGGCAGGAGAAGCGACUUCAGUCCCAGGAUCAGAUGCUGACAUUGAAGAACAUUGCCCUCGCUGAACAGGAACUACGCAUCCAGGCUCUGGAGGCCGCCUCCUUUGACGGUGUCCUGCUGUGGCGUAUUAGCGAGUACAAUCGCCGUCGUCAGGAUGCCGUCUCCGGCAAGACAACAUCCUUCUACUCCCCGGUCUUCUACACCAGCCGACACGGCUACAAGAUGUCGGCCAGGGUGUACCUGAACGGCGACGGUAUGGGCAAGCACACCCACAUGUCGCUGUUCUUCGUGGUCAUGCGGGGGCGCCAUGACGCCCUCCUGCCGUGGCCCUUCCAGCAGAAGGUCACUUUCAUGCUCCUGGAUCAGAACAAGCGGGAUCAUAUCGUGGAUGCCUUCCGUCCGGAUCCUACCAGCAACUCCUUUAAAAAGCCGAGCAGCGACAUGAACAUCGCCUCCGGUUGCCCACUCUUUGUGACCCAGGAGCUGCUGAUGGCCAGCAACAGCUACGUCAAGGACGACACAAUGUUCAUCAAGGUGGUUGUUGAUACAACUGGUCUUGAAAAGCUGUGAGAACACUUUUAUUGGAGAUACACUGAAUCUGUGACAAUCCGCACGGACUGUGCAUUGGUCAACUACAUGUACAGCAUUUUGAAGUGUGAAUUAAACUGCGAUUAUUUUGGAUUAAGAGUUGAGGUUCAUGAAAUUGUGUUGACCUACAUUAAGGUAUGUUGUUAAUAACCAUACAUACAACUUUCUAAAUCCUGCAAAAUCCUUGCAAAACGGAGGAUUUUGCAGGAUUGAGGAUAUACGGCAAAAAAUGUGGGGCUGAUUUUGGAGUAUGCACUAUGUCAAGGUCAUGGGCCAGACCUUGUGUUUUUAUGCUCAUGCAGCCGUGCCUAAAUCUUGGCCAAGAUUUUACUGGAAAUCCUCCGCACUGCUCCAGGAUUCUGUGUGACAGCCUUUGUUUGGGGUGUUCAGUUGUUUUGGAUUUAUCUAGCAAAAAUGGUGGUCAAGGAUGAUGGUGUGGACAUGGUGGAUGCUGUACCAUUUUACAGCAGCAGCAGUGACAGUGAGGAUGAUGUAUGUAGCACAGUUGCCAUGAGCACAGUUGCCAGGGAAGCUGCCAUUUUUUUUCCAGAUGACGUGGAGGCCAUACUGGAUUUUUUUUGUGUGUGUUGAUGAGCUUGGUUCUGACAUUUUCAUAGCCGCUAGAUGACUGUAUGCAAACUUAGGUCUUUCAUUAUUGAUGUGAUGAAUUGAUUGAGAUGCAUUGAACAAAAUCUAACUUCACAAUUUACAUGCAGUUGCGACCUAAAACAUGUAAAAUGUCAACCAGGAUGUCAUUGGCUCUGCCUCAACAUAUUGACGACAAUUGCUGGACGAUUUGCAGGAUUGAGGCAGUGGCCACCCUUCCAAGGACCACAUUUAAAAAGAAUAAUGGAUGAUCUUGGAUCAACCCAGAACAGACUGGACAACCGACCAUGAUGACGAUUGGAGGAUUGAAGCUGUAUGCAGUUUUUACAUAGCUAUAGCCCUACUGCUUGACCACACAUGUCUUCAAUAAUAAUAAAACUGUCAAUGUAACUGCUACAUGUACAUGUAGGCCAACAUGAUAAUCUGCUCAUGUGAUGGGUCGUGCAAAUGGUACUGAAUUGUGCAUGCAAAUUCAAAGUUCAACAAUUUUAGUGAUGGAUAAAAACGUCGGUGAAGGGCAAAACCUAAUUUGAAUUUUAGUGAUAUUAUGGAAGAGUUAUCAGAGGAAAGCGUUAGUCAGUUGAAGAAGAAUACUCGGAUUUCAUUGAAAAAAAUCUGAUUCUGUUAAUCAAAGUUUGAACAUUCGGAAAAGCCAGGAAUUCGAAAGCUCGUGAACAUUCCAAAAUGUUCAAUAAAAUGGUCCACGUUGAUGCGGAGAAUAAACAAGACCGAUGUUUUUGCUGAGUUCUAAGCCUAACAAGUCAAAGAAUUGCCAACGACUUGUUGAACAUUGUGGGGAGAGUUUGAAUGUAAAUAGGUGAUGAACGUUUAUUAAGCUACUGAACAUACAGACAACUAUCGUCAGUGAAGUCAUGUUCUGUAGAAAAUCGGCCUCACUACUAAACAACUAAACAGAAACCUGUUUUGGGUUUUGAAAUGCAUAAAUGUCUGUCAUGUUACAAUUGUUGCAUUGAUGUAUAGGUGUGGAAUUUACAUUUGUGUACAUGUGUACAUGAAGAUGCCCCAAGCAGACAUGCAAUUAAACAUUGCACUUGACUGCCUUUUUCUUUUGCCAUUUAAUUGUAAACUUUACAUGUACAUUUUGUACUUGACCUACAUGUACGUUAUACCAUAAUAGUAUACAUUGUAAAUAUUUCAUGUAAAAAUGUUCAGUUGACAUUGUUUUCUAGCGCUGUACAGUUUAUUUUGAAACAUGCAUCAUUGCGCAACAGUAAAAGCAGUACACUUGUUUUUCAUGAGUUGGCCUACACUGCGUUAUGGGGAAGUUUUUAUUGUUAGGCAAAUUAGGACCGAGUUAUGGGGACUUUCUGCUGUCCCCACAGCGUUUUCGGUCCCCACAAAUACCUCGUAGCGAUGAGUGUUUCCCCACGACUACAGAACAAGAAUGUGUGUACCAGUAUACAGCAUGUAUCUAUCUACAUGUACAUUUGUUUGAGUAGAUGUAGACCUACAUGUGCACAGGUAACAUUGAAGUUCCAUGUGUAUUUUCGCAGGUCCACUGAUUUCCCGCUUCACCUCAAAACACAACAAAAAAUAUCAAUUUUCAGCUUUUGAAAUGGAAUGUAUACUGCUUUUUUUGGCGAAAGAGAUCUGUACAUAGACAUUGGAAAUUAAAGAGUUGUUAACUUUGUUUUUAUUUCAAAUAUAUGAUAUGUCUAUGUGCAUUUGGCUAUACAUGUAAAUAUUGAGAAAAUAAAAGUCUACCCCGGUAUCAAAACAUCAAAGGUUAAUAUAUCAACAAACAAGGGGUUUUUGUACCCAAUUAUUGAGUACUGGUACUUUACACAAAUGUAUGUGUUUAUGUAUUUUGUUGAAUCCCACGUAAGCUGCUCCCUAAAGGUUCAAAUUAUGAUACCUUGAUUUGUAUGUCAAAAGCAAGCUCCAUAUUUGUUGUUGAAAAAAACCAAAGUUGUCAAUAUUGUAUAUAUCUGGUGUAGUUUUGUAAUUUGCAUCCUCUAGUUCAUAUGAUUAUGGCAGCUACUCUGUUUUAUAUUUGCUUUACAUAAUUAUUAAAGUUUAUCAUCAUAUAUAAAACAAUAUUUUAUUAUGAUAAACCUAAUUAAGAAUGAUUCACAUUGUUGAAUGAUUUGAAAUAUUGAGUGUACAGUAUUUAAAUGUAUGAGGGAUGUUUCAUUAAUCAGUAACCAUACAAACCAAUUGUAUUUUAUUAAUAAUAUUUCUCUUAUUUUAGUUUAAUUUGAAAUUGUACCUGUAACGUUCCAGGGUGCUCUCUGUUUUUGAUUGUUUUUCAUUUUUUGGUUGUUGUUAGGUUGUAUUUCUGUUUUGAAGUAAAAUGCCAUAAAUUUGCAUUUUCCGGGUAUAUUUGGAGAAUACAGUUUCUUUAAGUAUUGAAAAAGAGAAAAAAAAUGUACAUAACAAUGUAUUUAAACAUUUUUUUGUUGAUUCAUAUGUAUAUUGAGUCAUUUUUGCGAGAAACAUAGUUAUGCAGUAGAUCAUAUAGAUGAUAAAAAAUACAAGAAUUUUAAAUGUUUUGUAACUUUUCAUUGUUGCCACUAUUUGUUGUUUGCCAUUCAAAGUUAAACUUCUUUGUGUGCUGAUAAGUCAAGUUUACGUGUAAAUAUUUCUUUCAAAGUAAUUGAAACCCUUUUCAUAUUUAAAAAAAAAAAUUAAAAUGGGAAAAUAACUAGAAAAGAGCAGAUUUUUUUUUAAAUAAAAUGCACUAUCAAAAAUGCUAUUUUCUUUAGUGUGUACCCUGUUUUGUUUAAAAGUGCUGAUAUUAAUUAUUACAACAUUUGCUUUUGCUGUAUAAUUUUCAGGCAUGCAAGGAUUAAUUUUGGGGUUACAUUUCAUAGAAAAUAUUGUUACACAGACCUGUUAAAAGUUUGUGUUCAUAUGCUGGAAAAAGCAUGAAAAUUGCUGUUCUUGUCUGUCCUACCCUACUUCAGACUCAAUGGAGCAAUAGACGACGAAUUAUGAGGUCAGGCAACCAGACUAGCUGGCUUGCACCCAUUCACGAAUGAACCAAUUAUAAACAAAAUGAGGACUAAAUAAGUUUGGUAAAAAUUUUCCAGCGAUGGUCGAUCCGAC